GCUCCCUCAGGGAAAAUGGACGGAUUCACCGGCAGCUUGGAUGACAGCAUGUCUGGAGCGAGUGUCUCAGAUGUCAGCGACCGUCUCUCGGCUCUGGAGCUUCGUGUCCAGCAGCAGGAGGACGAGCUGACCGUCAUGAAAGCUGCUCUCGCUGACGUCCUUCGUCGCCUCGCGGCGGCUGAAGACUCUUCAACGCCUGUGACCAAAAAACCAGGAGGAAAAGGUGGAGCUGUACUGCGGGAAGCCUACUCCAUGUCCAGUAUCACUAACGGAGGAACAUCUGGACGAAAGAGAGACUCCACAUCAGUUAGCAGGAAAGAGACGGUGUCGUCUGCUGCCAAAAGUGGAGCAGACAGGAAGAAGGAGGUCAGGGGUCAGAUGGAGGAGAUCCAGGAACGGGAGGAGGUGCCCCGCCCACAGGACCUGUCCCCCUCCUCCCCCCUCCCUCCUCAGACCUGUGUGACCCCCCCUCAGAGACCCGCCCAGUCUGCCGACACCAGUAAAGGCCACGCCCCUCCUAAAAGGGGGCCCAGUGUGAAGCGGUCCUCGGGUAUCGAACGCUCUCAGAGCAGCACAUGGGAGAGUGCAGAUGAAAACAGGAACAAACUGGUGAAAGCUGCUUCAACAUCCAGACUGUUGAGUAAAGUGAUGAAGAGUGCAGAGAGACACAAAGACCCGGUGGUCAGUCAAGCCAAAAUGUCAACCCGUGAGAAAACCAGCCAAUCAGAGGGAAAUCACAUUAAGAUGUUCAUGCGUGGUCGACCCAUCACGAUGUUCAUCCCGUCAGACGUGGAAAACUAUGACGAAGUUCGUACAGAGCUUCCCUCAGAAAGACUAAAGCUUGAAUGGGUGUACGGUUACCGUGGCAGAGACUGCAGAGCCAACGUCUACCUGCUUCCUACCGGAGAGAUCGUUUACUUCAUCGCUUCGGUCGUGGUUCUAUUUAACUACGAAGAACGAACACAGAGAUUUUAUCUCGGACACACUGAUUGUGUCAAGUGCCUGGCCCUGCAUCCUGAUAAAAUCCGGAUCGCUACAGGACAGAUUGCAGGAGUGGACAAAGACGGACGAGCGCUGCAGCCUCACGUUCGGAUCUGGGACAGCGUCAGUCUCUCCACGCUUCAGGUCGUUGGUUUGGGAACCUUCGAGCGCGGGGUCGGUUCCCUGGCUUUCUCCAAAGCUGACUCGGGACAUCACCUUAGUGUGAUUGACGACUGUAAUGAUCACAUGUUGACAGUCUGGGAUUGGCAGAGGAAGUCAAAGAUCGCUGAAAUCAAGACCACUAACGAGGUGGUCCUGUCUGUGGAGUUCCACCCCACUGACCCUAAUACCAUUGUCACCUGUGGAAAGUCCCACAUCUUCUUCUGGACCUGGUCCGGAACCUCGCUGGCUCGAAAACAAGGAAUCUUUGGGAAAUAUGAGAAACCAAAGUUCAUCCAGUGCCUGUCCUUCCUGAGCACUGGAGACAUCCUGACUGGAGACUCAGGAGGUGUCCUGCUGAUUUGGACCAGGAGCUCUGCUGAAGCACCGUCAGGAAAGGGCCCCAGAGCAUUUCAGAUUAGUCGGCAGGUCAAAGGUCACGAGGGAAGUGUUUUCUGUAUGUGUGAGAUGAGGAGCGGCACUUUGCUGACGGGAGGAGGAAAAGACCGAAAGAUCAUCCUGUGGGACCAUGAACUGAGAGCAGACCGAGACAUCGAGGUCCCUGAUCAGUAUGGAACCAUCAGAGCCGUGUCUGAGGGGAAGGGCGAAGAGUUUCUAGUUGGAACUUCUCGUAACUUCAUCCUAAGAGGAACCUUCAACGACGGCUUCCUGGUGGAGGUUCAGGGUCACACUGACGAGCUGUGGGGUUUGGCGACUCAUCCGUCCAGACAGAUGUUUCUGACGUGUGCUCAGGACCGGCUCGUCUGCCUGUGGAACUCCUUCGAUCACGCUCUGCAGUGGAGCCGCACAGUAGAGGAACACGGACACUGUGCAGACUUCCAUCCCAGCGGAGCCGUGGUUGCUAUAGGAACACACUCGGGAAAGUGGUACGUUCUGGAUGCAGAGACCACAGAUCUGGUGGCGAUCCACACCGACGGGAACGAGCAACUGUCAGUGAUGCGUUUUUCUGUGGAUGGAAGUCUGCUGGCUGUUGGAUCUCAUGACAACUUUAUUUACCUCUACACCGUCUCUGACAGAGGACGCAAGUACAGUCGCUACGGGAAGUGCACGGGACAUUCCAGUUACAUCACACAUCUGGACUGGUCACCUGACAACAACUUCCUCAUGUCCAACUCUGGAGACUACGAGAUCCUCUACUGGGACGUUCCAAACAGCUGUAAACUGAUCAGAAAUCGUUCUGAGUGUAAAGACAUCGACUGGGCCACGUACACCUGCGUCCUGGGGUACCACGUGUUCGGCGUGUGGCCGGAAGGUUCCGAUGGCACCGACAUCAACGCUCUGAUCAGGUCUCACCACAGGAAGGUGAUCGCUCUCGCUGACGACUUCUGCAAAGUUCACCUGUUUACGUACCCAUGCUCCACCCCCAAGGCCCCCAGUCAUAAGUACAGCGCCCACAGCAGUCAUGUGACCAACGUCAGCUUCCUGUGUAACGACAGUCACCUGAUCUCGACGGGGGGGAAGGACACCAGCAUCAUGCAGUGGCGUUUGGUGGAGAAGUCCUCGCUCUGUGUGAACGACGGCCUGAUGUGUAGCCCGGCGUCCCGUCAGGCAGGCGCCGCCCUCACUCUGUCCCCUCCCACCACAGCAUCACAGGAAUCUGACCCCCCGCCAACAGCCAAUGGGACCCAAGAACCCUCUCCGGAAAGCCCACCCCCCAUCGAGCUAGCCCCGCCCAUAUCAGUGUUAACCACACCUCGCUCCGAGUCGACUCCACCCACCUCCGACAGCACAGCGAGUCUGAAAGACAGCCUGGAGCCCAGCGACGACACGGCCACGCCCAGCGACGACAUGGCCACGCCCAGCGACGACAUGGCCACGCCCAGCGACGAGGGCCUGCCCCCCUUCAUCCCGCCCUCAUAGACAGGCCCUGUGUGUGUGUGUGUGUGUUGGUACAGCUGACUUUGUGAGGACCAGGCUAAGUAGCUGUUCAGAGAACAUGUUUGUAAAGUGAGAACAUUUACAUAUAUGAACAUAUGUAAACACAUGACAUCCAAACUGUCAUAGUCACAACAAAUAAUUCAGCUGCUCUUAUUCCGUCAGUCUGGAUUCAUGAGUUCUCUCAGAUUCAGGCCAAACAAUUCUUCAGUGAGUCUCGAGUAUAAAAGUUCAAAUAGGUGUGUGUGCGUGCGGCUGCAGAGUCACAUGGGUUAUUUCACCAAUCAUGUGACGUCACAGUUUGAACCUGGAGGAGGGAACAUAACCUCUCACACCUGGACAACAGGGGGCAGCAGAGAGCAGGAGGCCAUGAAAUGAAUAGUUUCGUUUCUACAAACUCAAAGACCUGAGACGAGUAAGACACGUCUCAGUAACGCUUUCCUCACCAAUAGAAACAGGGUAGUUGAAGUGGGAGUUAAAGUCGUCAAGGUUUUUUAGAUAUUUUUUGUAUUCUUUGAAAUCUAAAUUUAUUAAAAAAACUUGAAUCUUUUUUGAUUUAUUGAUUUAUAACAAUUAGUGCUAACAAGAACUGGAAUUUCUCCGAACUCAUGAAAUAAAAAUAAUAAAAAAUCGUACUGAUUUAAUUUAGGGUGAAUUCUGGGAAAUUUUUUCUUUACAUCUGCAACUUAAUCAAACAUCUGUUUUCAGCAUUAGUUCCACAUUUUAAACCUUUACGUGAUUCUUAAGAUGUUUUCUAGUUACCAGUUUUAAAAAAGUAUUUUGAAAAUAAUAAAUGUCAUUAAUUCAUUUUAACAUGUAAAGGUCCAAUUUUAUUAUUUCACGUUUGCCCCGCCCCUUUUUGUGACAUCAGAGACAUGAAUUCAUUUUAUUUCACUUUACAUGAAGUCAAAAGUCCUGAAGCAGAAUGAAGCGUAUAUGUGUCCCACAUUACCAGAAUUCACCCUAAGUCGACUCAUACAGGAAUCAUGAGACUAAAGAACACGAGAACCAACCGCCAAUAGCAGGAUCGUUUCACUGAGCAGCAUCGUCAGCCGUUUGCUCAUAAAGAACCUUUCACCUGAGGCAGGCGAGCAUCAGUCCAGAAGGCAGAGAAAUCCACGUAAACAGAAAGUUAAGAGGUGCUAAAUGGGAAGUAAACAGGAAAUAACGAAGCAGUAAACAGGAAGUUAAGAAUAGAAAGUUAAGAGGAAAUUGGGAGCUACCAGAGUUAAAGCUGUGACUGACAUGUUCUGAUGUGAAUAAUCAGACAGAGUGAGACAUCGCUCUCUGACAGGAUCUGUGUUUGUAUAUACUGCAGAUGUCUGUAUAUUUCUGUUCACCAUUGGGGGGAGCAGCUACACUGUAAAAAUAAAACACCCAGCCAAUCAGAUAACAGGACACAGCAGAUCCUCUCCUCUGAUUGGCUGCUGAUUAUGAUUGUUUCAGGACCAUUUCAGCUCAGAUGUUCCCUGAAUGUGGGGGUGGGGACGUCACAAGGGGGCGGGGCUCUCGUGUGUGUGGGGGGGGGGGGGGCAGUACCGUUUAUUACUUUUUUGUCUUUUUAAUAUUCAUCAGUUUAUCUUUGUCUUUUUUACACUCGUCUCUCUGAAGGGACUUACCUGGACGUCCAAGUGGGGGCGGGGUCAGGGGAGUGACUGGAGAUUUUGGGUGUAUAUUAGGGAAGGGGCGGGGUCAACGGUGUGUGGGUGGGGAUGUUGAUGAUUCAUAUGACUGUUUUGAGCCAAUCAUGUGUUCUCAUUCCUGUCAGAUGACGGACUGAAGAUUUCAACAAAAAAAUGCAAAUAAAUGUGAAAACUGA